UAUAUAAUAUUGCAGAACAAAGAAACCAAAGCUUCUAUUCUUUAGAUCUUCUUCCUCCCACCUCCUCACCAGUUCCCCCCAGCUGUGUUAGACUGCUUUGGAAAUAUUUAUAACUCAUAAAAGCUUUUGGAGUCUUUGCCACCAACCUUUUUCCUCCGAACCAAACAACAACAUUUGGAUGGGUUUAAGGGACAUAGGAGCCACACUGCCUCCUGGGUUUAGGUUUUAUCCCAGUGAUGAGGAGCUGGUAUGCCAUUACCUCUACAAAAAGAUAACAAAUGAAGAUGUUUUGAAGGGUACUUUGGUGGAGAUUGAUUUGCAUAUUUGUGAGCCAUGGCAGCUUCCUGAUGUGGCUAAGCUCAACUCAACUGAGUGGUACUUCUUCAGCUUUAGGGACAGGAAGUAUGCGACGGGCUACCGAACCAACAGGGCUACAACAUCUGGAUACUGGAAAGCCACAGGAAAGGAUCGACCCGUGCUCAACCCGACAACCCAUGAGGUGGUGGGCAUGAGGAAGACAUUAGUCUUCUACCGAAACCGAGCUCCAAAUGGUAUCAAAACCGGUUGGAUCAUGCAUGAAUUUCGGUUGGAGACCCCACAUAUGCCCCCUAAGGAGGACUGGGUGUUAUGCAGAGUCUUUCACAAGACCAAGUCAGAGAGCAGCUCCAAGCUAAGCCCCCAAUAUGUGUUUGACACUACAGCCAGUGCCUCUUCUCCACCAACUCAUGAUCAAACCCUACCAUGUGGGUACCAGCAAAUACCCUCAUUCUCCCCAACCCACCCCCACCAAAACCAUGACCAAACCACACUGCUAAACCUAGCAGUCCUAAGCCCCAAUCUUGUCCACUUCGCCUCUCAGGAGAUGAAUCCAUGCGCUGCAGCCAAUGAAAUCAACUCCAAAGGUAGUGGUGCUGAUGAGUAUGGGUUCUUGUGGGACAUGAGCUGCAGCCUGGGAGAUGGGGUGCCUUCAUCAAAUCUGGAGGACAUGAGAUUUGAAGAGAACAACAGUAUAGUUUUCCUAUGAAAACAUACUCCAAAAAAAAAAAAAAAAAAAAAAAAAAGUAAUAAAUGAAGGAAAAACACAUACCCAAUUAAUUUCUUGAAUCUUGGUCAGGUUAUGAUAUGCAUUUGUUGUGUUUGAAUUAAGCUUAUUGUUUAGUUAAUUAAGACAUAUAUGUAUAUGGUAGGUUUAUUUAGCUUAUGUUUAGCUUAUGUAUACAUGUUUCAUAAAUCAUUUGGGCUUUGUACAAUUUAAUUAUCAAAAUCAUAUUCUUUAUUUUAGCUAGUAAA